AUGAAUGCAAUUUAAUAAUAUAAAAAUUUUGAUGAAAAUACAAAAAGUCGUUUUCUAUGCAGAUUAAUAAAUUAAAUGAAGAUUAUUGCAUUUCUCUGUGUUUUGAUUGCUUUGUCAUCAGCCACCGAAGCCAUCGACCUCUUCAAUACAUUACCGAAAACAGAUUUCGGAAGAACAAUAUUGCAAACAGUCCAAAUGGAAUUAUCAAAUGGAUCAGCAGUAGAUUCAGUAGUUGACUCAUUGAAUGAAAUAUUAAAUUCAGCUGAAUAAGAAAAAGGAGCUAUUCAAGCUAAUUUGAGAAACAGACAAGCUUAAUGUCAAACAAGACAAGACGAUGCUUAGAGUGUUAUUGAUAGAGCAAAUGCCAAGAGAGCUGAUGAUGAGAGAAAACUACCAUUAAUCAAUGAGGAAUUGAUUAGUAAAUAGGAAUAAGCAUUAGUGAAGGACUCUGAAGAACAAAGAAACAAUGAUAAACUUGCACUCAUUACAGCUACAAGAGAAUAACAAAAACAAGAAUACUAAGAAAGAAGAAAUGAAUUAACUAACUAUGUGGCAGCUUUGGGAGAAGCCAAAUCAAUUGUUUCUGGAUUAGGUUCUGUUAGCUUCUUGCAAGUCAAUUCAAAUGAACACUAUCUCAAAUUCAAGGAAGCACAUCCAACACCCAGAGGUUAUGGCAUCAUGGUUGAAUUGUUAUUAAAAGCUUCAGCCCAAGCCAAAACUCCAGAAUAAGUUGAGAGACUCGUUGCUACAAUUCAGGGAUUAGUUGAUUCUAUCUAUGAACUCCAAAAAUAAGAAUUAUUGGUUGAUGAUGCAAGAGAAGUGGAAUUCAUCAGACAAAGAGAGAUCAUACUCUUGGCCAAUCAGACUUUGGCUGCAUCUGUUGCAGAAUUGAAGGCUUAAGUCUUGCAUUUACAAUAAGACAUUGUUGAAGUUACUAAUGAUGUCAAUACCAACAAAUAAAUUGCUGCCAUCAAAACUAAGGAACUUAACGAUUGGGUCAAAACCUGCUCAGACGAAGAGAAGAAUCUUAGAGCCAUAUUUGAUAGCAGAGUUGGAUAAGUGGAAACAGUCAAUCAAAUACUCAUAAUAUUCAAUUCAGGCUUAAGUUAAGAAUUAAGAAAAUCAAUUGCAGAAAUAUAACUAAAUUGAUAACAUAAAAUCAAUAUCAUAAAUAGGAUCAUUCAA